AUGAACAUUCUGUUUGACCAGAACGAAAUUCGGCUGGAGCUGACUCCCGUCAAGGGAAGCCCCCUCAAUGAGCUGUCAUCUCACACCGAGGAUGAACCGGUGGCAUCAGAGGAGCUUGAUGAGGAAUUUACCACCAUCAUCCAGCACAAUCCAACAUUGGCAUACGCACGUCACAACGGCAGCGAGCUCAAUCCGGUCAGCUGCGCCCGCGUGCUCUGCUCGCCACCUCCAGGUCUCGUGCCUCGUCAUCAGCGACCGGCUAAGCCGGCGCAGUCAUCAUCCGUGCCAUCACCACCGCCAUCGCCUCCGACUCAAACCCAUUUGCCUAUAUGGGGGCUCAGUGACCCCCGUCUUCCCUACUUAGUUACCCUUUGGGUACAAGUGAUCCUAAACAUCAUCAUUGUGUCGGUAACGCUCUACUGGGUGUGGAAGCUUGUGUCAACAAUUGCCGAUGAUGUCCAGCAUAAACGCCAACAGCAAAUCGCUGAACUCUUCCGAAGAAAAGUGGUGUGUACUCGUCAUUAUGAAGAAAAUCUCUGCGGCACCGCCGACAUGCCCGAUAUCAUUGCCGACAAGUGUGCUAAAUGGCAGCAAUGUAUGAAAAACGACCCUUACCACGACAUUAUUGGGCUUUCAAGCACGGUGGCGCAAACGUUGGCCGAUAUCGUCAACAGUUUUGCCAACCCGUUAUCAGUGAAAGCGUUAAUCGUUAUGCUCAUCAUCGUGGCGGGGGCGAUUGCGGUGAUGAACUUUGCCUUUUCGCUGUUCCGGAGAUCGUUGAAGCCCGAUAUGGCGUUGGUCAAGUCAUCGAAUUGA